AUGGAUGAGAACUACAUCCUUCUGCCACAUGGAGUCAACUUCCAGGAGGCGAUUUUCCCGGACACCCAGGAGAACAGAAGGAUGUUUGCCAGCCUUUUCCAGUUCUCAAACUGCUCCCAGGCACAGCAUGUGUUGAGCUUCUCCAGCGACUGGGAGAUUCAAGAGGACAACCGGCUGAUGUGCUCCUCGGUGCAGAAAGCCCUGUUUGAGGAGGAGGACAGGGUGAAGAAGCUGCAGCAGAAGGUGGCGACGCUGGAGAAACGCAACAAGCAGCUACGGGACAGAGUGAAGAAAGUCAAGAGGUCUCUGCGUCAGGCCAGGAAGAACAGCAGGCACAUGGAGCUGGUGAACCGAAAGCUCAGUGAGAAACUCUCCUCUGCAGGGGGGCAGAUCCCCUACAUCAACUCUCUGAAGCAGGAGAACUCCCAUGCUACCUACCUGAAAGUAUAG